AGAAAUCUUUGAUGAAAAACAAUCUCUUCAAAAAGGUUUCCUACUAAGAAGUGGCAAAAGUGGGACUGAGAACAGGAGAAGAAAAAGCUAGAAUAAAUCAUUCCAAACGACUAUAAAAAAAUAUAAAUUAAAGUUUUUCCGCAAGCAGCUUGCAAAAGAGCGAGACGGAAGAUGAUUACUUGAGGUGUUUGUUUUUUUUUUCAUACAAAAAAUGGCCUAAUUAAAAUAAAGGUGAAAACACACCGGAAUAUGUUCAUAAUGAAACGGAAAACGAUGAUGAAAACUAUGUUGAAGCGCGACAAAGCAACAAUGGUGGAGACAGAGACAACAACAAUGACUGGUGAUGUAUUAUCAACAACAACAACAACAUCAACAAUGACGGGCAGCAACAUUUGUGUGUUGUGCCGGCAAGAUAUACUGCUAGAUACAUGUUGCUGCCGGCAAGCAGUUGGUAUUAAAAGUGAACGUUGGACUCUUUUUCCACACACAAAAACCUCCAAACUGGAAUCAACAACCGGCAAAACGAGUCAAAUACGAAGUAACGGCCAUCGCCCGAACGAUGGCGCCGAUGAAGAUGCUGCGAAAAACAAUCGUCGACAUCGCGACUAUUUUAAUAUCUACAACAAUUGUCACAAUAUAUUGCGAACGCUGCAAUCGCUGUUGUUGUUGAUGUUAGAUUGCGGCAUUUUUAAUAAGCGACGCCGACGACAAGAGGACGCAAUACCAGCGACAAUUAAACAAGAUAAAUGUGUAAAUUAUACAAAAUUCCUAUUGCUGUUAAAUACCGCACUGGCAGCAGCAGCAGCAGCAGCAGCAACAACAACAACAACAACAACAACAACAACACCAACAAGACUGAGUUUAAGCCGUAACAAUUACAACAAACACCAACAAGAACAUAAUCAACUGAAACAACAUCAAAUUCAACGAAAAGUUGAAGAUCAAACGGAAAAGCAACAUUGUAAAAAUAACAAAAAUUACCAUCCUUGGAAUCAAAGUCUGAUAUGGAUAUUAUUAAGCCUCAGUUUACUGGCCAAUCAUGCCACAGCCACAGUCAUUGUGGGGCAAACGAAGAAGCACCAGCAGCAGCGAAUGUUGUUACCCCAACAACAUCACCUGCAGCAGCAUCACAACAACAACAACGACGAUUUAUCCGAUAAGUUGGAACAGUUUGCGGAAUCCACAAGAUUGCGAAGAGAUGUGGGCCAAACGAAUGAUAUAGUUCGAUUGUCACGAAAUGAAACAACUUGCAAAUCGAUGGAUAUCCGAAACACACCAGCAAACUUUUAUCUGCUGGAAAAUUGCACCACCAUCGAGGGUUUCCUACUCAUCACAUUGAUGACGAACGUGACCAUAGGACCAAAUCAUUCGUUUCCCCUCCUGAAAGAGGUCACCGAUUUCAUUGUUGUCUUUCGUGUAAACGGACUACAUUCGCUAUCGCAAAUAUUUCCCAACUUGAAUGUUAUCCGAGGCAAUAAUCUGUUCGAUGGCUAUUCCUUCAUUGUAUAUUCGAACCCGGAUUUGGUGAAUUUGGGACUGUCCAAUCUGCGUUCGAUUUCGCACGGCGGUGUGCGGAUUGAGAAAAAUCGGGUUCUAUGCUAUGUGGAAACGAUAGACUGGUUGCAUCUCAUGGCCGAGAAUGCCACUCAGUCGGAGGUGGUGUUGCAGAUGAACGGCAGGGAAAGGGAUUGUCCCAAGUGUGCGGAGGAGGACAAACUAAUAGGAGAUGGUCAGGAUUCCACGGCACUUAGCGUGCCAGGACAAAGUGGGGGUUGUCGGGAGCAUGAUAAUCACAAACGCUACUGCUGGGACUCGAAGCAUUGCCAAACAAUUUGUCCCAAGGAGUGUCGGAAUAACUGCAUCGAUGAGAAUACUUGCUGUAACAAGGCCUGCUUGGGGUGCACCCUCGACAACAAUGGGAUCCAGAGAUGCAUAAGCUGUCGCUUUUUAUCGAUCAACAACACCAACUGUGUGGACACCUGUCCGCCGGGCUUGUAUCAGUAUGACAAGCGUUGCAUUACGGCGGAAGAGUGCAUCCAAAUUGGCACUCGGUUCGACAGUGGAGACAAGCCUCUGGCGCCUUUUGCAGGUCAGUGCACCACGCGCUGCCCGAAGGGUUACUCGAUUGAGAAUCACAAGUGUAUCAAGUGCAAGGAUGGAAAAUGCGAGCGGGUGUGCCAAGCGGGGAUUAUCGAAAGCUUGGACAGGGCCAAGGUAUACGAAGGUUGCACCGUAAUUGGUGGAAAUUCAACGGGUCCCUUGGUGAUAAGCAUCAAGCGAGAGGGCGAUGCCCACGUUAUGGACACUUUGGAGCUUUAUUUGGGUCAAAUUCGUACCAUAAAAACCUCCCUGAAAGUGCAUCUGACCUUCGGCCUCACCUCUCUGCGGUUUUUUAAAUCCCUGACGGAAAUUGUGGGCGAUCCACCAAUGGACAAGAAUCAAUAUGCUUUGUAUGUGCUGGAGAAUAAUGAUUUGGAGGAGAUAUGGGGACCCAAUCAGACGGUGUACAUCAGGAAUGGCGGUGUCUUCUUUCACUUUAAUCAAAAGCUGUGCGUGUCCACGAUCAAUAAGCUGCUGCCCAUGCUGGCCUCCAAACCGCAGUCCUUUAACAAUAGCGAGGUGGCUACCGAUUCCAACGGAAGUCGUGGCUCAUGUGGCACUUUGCCUUUGAACGUUUCAGUGACAUCUGUGAGCGCCAUAAUGGCCAUUUUGGCGGUGGACACAUCGAUGGUGGCGGAGGGCGAACCGACUGGGCCAAGCAAUGCCACAAUUAUUUUCAAGGAUCCUCGCGCCUUUAUUGGUUACGAGUUCUUUUACAUGAUAGAUCCAUAUGGUAAUGCUACCAAGAGCAACGAGCAGCUCUGCGAUAAUCCCUGGACAUUUGUGCCAGCUGAUACGAAGGGAAUUACGAGCUUUAUGAAUCUACAACCAUACACACAAUAUGCUUACUACGUACGCACCAAGGCCAUUUUCUCGGAGCUGACAAAUGCUCAAAGUGAGGUGCAGCAUUUUAUGACAAAACCCGCUCAGCCGUCACAGGUAUCCAGCGUAAAGCUCACUUCCAUCUCGGACUCGAAAAUUUACGUGACUUGGGAUUAUCCAAUUAGUCCACACGGAAAGCUAACACAUUUUCUGGUCAUAGCGGAACGGAAUGAACAACAUACCAACAAUCCCAAGGAUAUGGCAUCAGAACGACAAUACUGCGAGAGUCCUAUUACAAAGGCAAGUGACAUUGAUACCGAACUUGAGACACCGAAACCAGUUUUAAAGCCGGAUCCAUUGGCCGGUGACUGCAAAUGUGAUUCCACUGGUACCCAGAAGAACAGUCAAGAGAAUUACAGCGAUCAAAGGAUUCAAUCGUUCAUCGAGUUUGAGAAUACCCUGCAGAAUUUUAUCUAUGUUCCAAAAAAAGAAAGUGAAUUUCUUGGCGUCGACAGAAACAAGUCGGGAUCACCGGCUAAGGGAGCACCUCGAGUUAUUAAACCAGGAAGUGGUGCAGCUUUUGAUUCCAAUGCUAUUGCGAAUCCACCUUCCCGCCAACGGAGAGAAGCCAUUGACUUGGAACCCGACUUGGAUGAGCGAUUUGGUAGUGUUUUGCUCCGUCAUGUACGCUCCACCACAUCCACCAAGGAUAAGGCUGUAAACCUAACCAAAACGGCGAAUGUUACGCAAGGCAAUGAAAUGAUUGUAAACCUUACGGAUAACUUUGUGGUGGUGCCGAUCAAUCAGACGAACUUUACCUUUGAAAAUUUACAUCAUUUCACUCGGUACACCAUCUACAUAAGUGUUUGUAGAGAAAUGAUUGCAAAUGAUAAGGAGCAAUCCUGCAGUAAUAACUCUACAAACUAUAAAGUAACUAAGAAAAGGGAGGACGUUGAUUUGGCUCGAAAUUUGACCUUGGCUUUGGAAAUUGGAAAUAAUACGCGUGCCGCUGUGCGAGCCUUUUGGCUGCCACCGCUCGAUCCCAAUGGUGAAAUUGUUACCUACACACUGGAAUACCAAUUGCAGAAACCGGACACGGUGGUGGAGACCAAGUGCAUUCCUGUGGCUAACUAUAGCGUCACGGAUGGAUACACCCUUAAAGGCGUUAGCGAAGGACUAUAUCGUAUCCGAGUGCGGGCCAAUUCAUUGGCAGGAUAUGGAGUGUACACGGAUUAUAUCUCCAUUAUUGUACCGCCUCCGCUGAGCUUUUACACCGCCAUCGCUGUGGUUUCGGUCAUAGUCACUGUCCUGGCCUUUGCCUUCCUUGUGGGUUACAUCCGAUACUUGCAUAAGAAACGAGGACCAAAUGAUUUACAUAUGAACACAGAGGUGAAUCCAUAUUAUGCCAGCAUGCAGUAUAUCCCUGAUGACUGGGAGGUGCUAAGGGAGAACAUUAUACAGUUGGCGCCUCUGGGCCAAGGAUCCUUUGGCAUGGUGUACGAAGGCAUUAUCAAGUCAUUCACCAAUGGCGUUGUGGAUCGCGCGUGUGCCAUUAAAACUGUCAACGAGAAUGCCACUGACAAGGAACGGACAAACUUCCUGAGCGAAGCCAGCGUGAUGAAGGAGUUCGAUACGCACCAUGUGGUCCGAUUGCUAGGUGUCUGCUCCCGCGGUCAGCCCGCUCUGGUGGUCAUGGAGCUAAUGAAAAAGGGCGAUCUCAAGUCAUAUCUGCGAGCGCAUCGUCCCGAGGAUCGGGACGAAGCCAUGAUGGCCUAUUUGACCAGGAUUGGGGUCACGGGCAAUGUGCAGCCGCCGACCUAUAGCCGAAUCUACCAAAUGGCCAUUGAGAUUGCAGAUGGCAUGGCCUAUCUGGCGGCCAAGAAGUUCGUGCAUCGUGAUCUUGCUGCUCGCAACUGCAUGGUUGCUGAGGAUUUGACCGUAAAGAUCGGUGACUUUGGCAUGACGCGAGAUGUCUAUGAAACGGAUUACUAUCGCAAGGGUACCAAGGGUCUGUUGCCCGUUCGCUGGAUGUCCCCGGAGAGCUUGCGUGACGGUGUCUAUUCCAGUGCCAGUGAUGUGUUCAGCUUCGGUGUGGUUCUCUGGGAGAUGGCCACAUUGGCGUCGCAACCAUAUCAAGGACUUUCCAACGAGCAAGUGCUACGCUUCGUCAUCGAAGGCGGCGUGAUGGAGAGGCCAGAGAACUGCCCGGAUGUGCUUCAUCGGUUGAUGCAACGCUGCUGGCAUCAUCGGCCUGGAGCCAGGCCCAGUUUCCUCGAUAUAAUUGCCUAUCUGGAGCCACUGUGUCCCGAGUCGGACUUCAAGAAGGUCUCCUUCUAUUACUCGGAGGGCGGUCAGACGCAUCGUGAGAAGGAGCGCAAGGAGCGCAGCCAACUGGAUGCGUUUGCGGCGGUGCCAUUGGAUCAGGACCAGCAGGAAGCGGAACAGAAUGAGGAUGCCACCACACCAUUGCGGAUGGGCGACUAUCAGACCUACAAGCAGAACUCUUCCCUAGAUCAACCAGCGGAGAGUCCCAUUGCCUUGGUUGUGGAUGACCAUCAAGCAACGCACUCGCCAUUCAGCAUGCAGUCGGGAUUCAUAGCCAGCAGCACGCCGGAUAAUCAAACGGUGAUGGUGUCUGCAUUCCAAAAUCUACCCGCCUCGCAGAGUGAUGAUGCAGCGGCGCCUUACGUCUUACCGGAUCCGGACAACAACGAACGUGCCUAUGAGAUUUAUGAUCCAAGUCCCAAUUUCGCCGACUUGCCAACGAGUCGAAGUGGCAGCACGGGCGGCGGUGGAGGUGGAAGACUGAGUGGAGAGCAGCAUUUGCUGCCAAAGAAAGCCGGAAGACAGCCGGUCAUAAUGAGUAGCUCAAUGCCAGACGAUGUGAUUGGAGGUGGCGGAGGUGGCGGAUCGUCAUCGCUGCAACCCUCAACCGCUUCGGCGGCCAGCUCCAAUGCCAGCUCUCAUACCGGACGCUAUCCCAGUCUCAAGCGAGUGGUGGCGGAUACGCUGCGUAAUCGAGCCAACAUGAUCAAUCGUCAUCUCUUCAAUCAUCACAAGCGGACGGGCAGCAAUGCCAGUCAUAAGAGCAACGCCUCGAAUGCACCCAGCACCAGCACAAGCAACUCCAACCUGACCAGCCAUCCGGUGGCUAUGGGUAAUCUGGGAACCAUCGAGAGCGGUGGCAGUGGCUCAGCGGGCAGUUAUACGGGGACGCCACGAUUCUACACCCCGACAGCGGUCACUCCAAUUGCGAUUAGCGAUAAUCCCAACUACCGCCUGCUGGACGAAUCGAUGGGCAGCGAUGGGCAGGCCACCAUUCUGACCACAAGCAGUCCCAAUCCGAACUAUGAGAUGAUGCACCCGCCACCCAAGUCACAGCCACUCAGUCAUCGUGGUGGUAUCACCACAGAUAAUCCCAACUAUGUGGCCAUGAAUGAGCCAACGCAACCUGUCCAAAUGGCCGGUGUUACGAUAAGCCACAAUCCGAAUUAUCAGCCCAUGAUGGCGCCCAUAAAUGCUACCCAGAGCAGCUCCUCCGAAGAGAAUGAAGAUGAGGAGGAGGAAGCGGAUGAGGAGGAAGACGAGGAUGACGAUGUCGAUGAUGAGCAUGUGGAGCACAUCAAGAUGGAGCGAAUGCCACUGAGUCGACCCAGGCAAAGGUCGGCACCGCCAAGUCGGAGUCGUAGUGUCAGCCAAACGAGAAAGAAGUCGCCAACGAACCCGAACUCUGGUCUGGCAUCGACAGCCACAACGGCUGGCAACAUGUCCAAUCUGCUCAAGGAGAGCUGGUUGCGACCGGCGAGUGGAACAUCGAGGCCACCGCCACCGAAUGGCUUCAUUGGCAGGGAGGCGUAAUUAUAGUACCUCCUAAAUCCUUCUCUCUACUUCUGGUAGAGAGAAUUGUGUACAUAGAGGAGUAUGAGUAUGAUCACUAGGAUCUAGUGUAGCAAUCUUGACUUGGACUUGGACCAUGUCUGCAAAACUGAGCGUGGGUUAAGAGCUAAUCUUUGGUUAAUUUUUACAGACGAAAGCGAGCCUGUGGAAGUCAUUCCACUUUUGAACAUGGCAACAUUAUUUAUUACAAAGCUACUUCUACUAAAAUUGUUCAAAGAUUACCUACUAACGCCACCUCGUUCUAGAGAGAAGAUUGGUUCUUGAGAAACCACUGUACAUGUUUAAUACCCAAUAGUUUUUCGAUUAAGCCUAUUUAUAUUUACGUAUUUCGUUUAGUAUUUACGCUACAGUUAUUUUUUUGUUGUGUUUGUUUAUAUAUUAAUAAACUGCCGCAAUAGAAAAAUCAGAGACAGAGAGGAGAAGCAGUAAACCAUAGUUAAAGCAGAAGAAAACAAACAAAACAAAACAAAACAGAAGAUGAAGUCCUACAUGCAAAUAACAAAAAGUACAAAAGCCAACAACCAACCAACCUAAGUACCGUUUAAAAUAGACAUACAAAUUUCUACCAAUUAUUAAACUUACAUAACUCAUAACUACUACGUACAUACAUAUAUUAAUUACGAUAAUAUUUUUUAUUAGUACCUACCAAAACAACCACAGACACACACACACACACAGCAAGCAAUACAAAAUUACAAAACUAUAACUGUCUUCACUGAGUUUUUAGCUAGCAAUAAUAACCAUAAUUAUGCAUAAUUAUUCUUUUAUUAUCAGAAAAAUAUGAUAAUUGUAUGGGUUAACUUUUAGCGCCAAGUGUUGCUUGAUUUUCACACAAAACACAUUGUAGUAGUUUCUCUUACAUUUUUCUUCUCCUUUUUGUUUAUGCUUAAUUGUAAUAUUUAUUUGUACAUAAGGCGUAUCAUGUAGGAUAAAAGAAUGGAAUAACCCUUUGUUCACCUUUUUAACCAUAUAUUUUUUCUAAAUUAAUUUUCGUUGAAGCCAAGCUUCGAGAGAGGAGAAAAAAAAUAAAAACAAAAGAAAAACCAUAAUGUAAUUCGAACUGAGAGCUUAAGUAACUGAUGCAUCAUAAAUAAUAACACUGUAUACAAUCUGCUAACGUUUUUAUAUAUACAACCAGUUAUAUAUAUUGGAAGCAAAAGCAUUUUAUGUACUAUAACUAUAUACAUGAAAGCAAACACUAUAAAUGAAACGAAACAAAACAAAAGCAAAAAACUCCAUAGCAAACAACAUUAUUCUGCCAUAUGCCAUUAUAACUCAAAUACGAACAAGAAACUGGACGGAUUUUUCGUUUUUCUUACCACAUAUACACACAUAUAUAUUUAUAUUUAA